AUGAUCCUAUCGUGUUUUGCGACGGGUGCAACGUGGCUGUGCAUCAAUUCUGCUAUGGCAUCCGCAGCGUGCCCCAUGACAAGUGGUUCUGUGACUCAACCGCGCUGCCAGUUGUGUCCACACCGCGGUGGUGCAUAUAAGCGGACGACAUGCGGCCAGUGGGUUCACGUCCAGUGUUUCUUAUGGAUCCCAGAGUUUCGUGUGGAGCAGGGCCGUGACGACAUGCUUGUUCUCGGUAACUUAAGCAGACUGGACCCAGACCGCAAGACGCUGGACUGUUCUCUAUGUCACUCGAGGAAAGGGAACGGAAUUAUCCAGUGCGCACACAAGAGAUGUCUGGCUGCUUUUCACGUCAGCUGUGCUGCUUUCGCUCACUAUCGCAUGGAUCAGCUGGACCCUCCCAAAGACGAAGACCGUGACUGUGGUACGUUGUUCCUGGCGUAUUGUCCUCUUCAUCGCAACUCGACAGCCCCGCCAUCGCAACCUACGAGAGUCUCAUCUCCGAGUCAUUUGUUGGCGUCACCGUCGUCUGUAGAGGCAAAGAAGAAGUUCAAGACCUUUCGACGACUUAAGCGAAAGUACGACGCCUCUCAAUCGCAGAUGUUCUCGCAGCCAGGAGCGAAGGCAGCUCCAGUGUCAUCCUCUCCGUGGCAACAGAAACGCAUCAGAAGAUCCAAACGAAGACGAGAGACGUCACGUGUCUUGGCCGCUGCGUAUAUUGACGACGCGGCGGAUGUUCGAGGCGCAAGAGGCGACGAUGACGAUGAAGACGACUACGGAGACGACUAUAAAGACGCGGCAGACGACUCGUUUAUCAACGAUUCGUCCCAGUUGUUGUACUCGCAGUCGGUUCGGAAGAAAUCCAGUCCGAAUAUGCGGGCGAUCUAUGCGCGGUCGCUGUUUGAAUCGCAGAGUUCUCCGUUGCUGCUGCGUCGAGGUGGGAGGCAGUUGGGCGCUCUCCCUACGAAUGGAAUUAUUCGGGCGUGUCUGGACGAACUGCACAAUGGAUCGAAUGACGUGGACACGCCGUCUCCACGACCUCGUUCACGUUCUCGAGUGUCAGAGACGACGGAGGAUGCAGCGACAUUGUCAGCGUUAUCAGCAUCCGUUUUUAGUGCGUCGGCUACCGUGACCGAACCGGAUGGAGACGAUAGUGCCACUGAAGCUGAACCUUCGCCCAGUUUCAAGUUGCUUGGUGCAGCAAAGCCACUGCAAACAGUUCAAGAAGAGGAAAGCGCUACGGCCGACUGCGAAGUUGCCCCUCCGUGCUUCAGUUUGCUUGGUACUGGCAGCAGUGCAAACACUUCGUCGACAGUGACAAGUAGACCGCAACGGUGGAUUUCUUCAACUGACGCAACGGAUACCAGCGAUGAACUGCACAAAAAGAUCAAGGCAAACCGCUUGAAGGCUCUAAAGAAGUUGGAAGAACGUCGGCAAGCCAGGCUUCAGCAAGCCCAUGCGCGGCCACUGAACAAUAGCCAGUCUAGAACUGGCUUCACCUCCGCCGCAGCUCUAGUUUCUAACAAAACCGAGGAAGAAGCCGGCGCUAUUCCGAAGCUGGCAAAGCCCGGGUCUGUCCAGCAGCCCAAGUGGGUUAUCUUUGUCAGCUCAGGGUUUGCCAGCUCCAGUAGCUUCCCCGCUUUCCUAUCUGCGAAGCACGCCGACUGCACUGUGGCCAUCGUAGAGUCGAUGGAGGCGGACGCUCUACUGAGUGUACGCACGGCCGUUCUCUUCCUGACAGGCGAACAGCUGCACGAGGUGGCUCGAGCAUCUCCAGCGCACAGUGUGGUCAAGAGUCGACGAGUUGGAAUGCUCUUGGCGAUGCACAAGAAGCUCAUUAUAGCAGUCACCCACGACGUAGGUGACCUCCCUGAAGUGCACCGAUUGAGGCAAUUUCCGAACGCUACAGUCAUCGUUCAGCCUCGUGUCGAGUCUCUGUGUACGCAGCUUCACGAGAUCUCACAACGGGAACUUGCUGAAGGCUACGAGUUGCCGUCUCCCAGUCAAUGUCGCCAAGAGUUUAAGGGCGGGGUUGUAAGAGGACUAGACGCGGAUUUCGCGUUGCGGCUCAAGUUCUUCCGCUCGAUAUCUCCUCUGUCGCUGGGUAGUGCGUUGUCUCUGAGCUUCCGCUUCAAGAACUUCCCGGCGAUGCAGGUGCCUGUACUCAAGUUCAACGAGAUGCAUUGGAGACGGAUGUUGCCGUGGAUUUCAGAGACCACAGCGGAGGAGAUCCGCGAACAUGUUCAGCAAAAUGUGAGGCGUUGA